UUUCUCUGCCAUUAACGACUUCGGUAGGCCAAGAGACAAAUCGCCAGCUGCUACUGGCUGUAACCUCUCCUGCGAAUCAUCAAAGCAGGUUUAUGGUAGGGAUGGAUUUGGGUUCUCCCGAUGCAAGAUUGGAAGAGAUCAAUGAUGCUCAGAAAACGGAUGGUUCGUUUUCUGUUGGAAAACUAGACCUUAAUCUUGCUGUGAGUAAAGAAGAAGGGAGUGAGGUUUAUGGUCAUGAGACAGGGGCAUGGGAUGAUACAGUUCUUGUCAAUUUGAAUCAGCAGAGGCAACAUGACUCCCCUUUAUCUCCUGCUGGCGUUAUAGGCGAGGAGUCAGAUUCAUUUUGCUUGAAAUCCAGUCCAACAGGGAGGACUGGAUUUGAUCAUGAUGAGGUUGGGGAAAAAUCUUUUGACCAUGAUCCAGAGAGCCUGCAUUCUCCAUUAAAGGACACACUUUACCAAGAUGAAAUUGGGGCCUUAUCUGACAGUCCCUCAGGUAAAUCCUCAUACCCAGGUGAAUCAGAAAUGUCUCGGAUUGAAAAAAGAACUGAAGAAACUCAUCAGUUGUGGGAAUCUUCUAGGACAGUUGACUCCAACUAUCAGGAAGAAGAAGAUAUGGAGAAGAUCAAUAUUGAUCCAUGCCAGAGUUACUCUCCUCUGCAUGAUGAAAAAUUAAAGGAUUGUUCUGGCAAUUUGUCUAGAGAUUCACCACGUGAGAAAACUGAAUCCACCCAUGAGGAAGUAGAAGAGGGAGCUUCUGAUUACCAUGCAAGAAAGCUGUUGUCCCCUGAAAAGAUGCAAGACAAUACUGACAAGACUACAAAUGAAGACUUCUACCAUUCAAUGAACUCACCAUCUGAGAAUGGAAAGAUAUAUCGACUUCAUUCUGAUCUGCACUCAGAGUCUCCGAAAAUAACCUCAAAAAGAUCUGCAUCAUCGGGGAGGCAGAUGUCAUUUUCUCCUGAAAGGUCACCUUAUAUAGAAAAAUUUCCACGUGGAAAACCAUCUUCACCACAGAUUGAUCGAGACCCAUCGUAUUCCCCUAGAUCAUCUAGAAAGAGACACUCAUCUUCCCUUGAAAAGUUUGGUGGGGAUGGUAAAAGAGUUCCAUCCCAGGGUAAUUUAUCUCCAUCUGGCCAAACUUUUAUUUCUCCAGAGAGGCAGUCUCGUCAGGAUACUCACCGUAGAGGUGAUACAUCACCUAGAAGGAAUUAUUUGCCACCAGGUCAUAGAAGACAAGAGAGGUCCAUGUCAAGAUCACCUGUUAGGCGGAGGGAUUCUUCUUUUGGAUCCAAAAGGGAUCACCGUGAUAGAUCCCGAUCAAAGUCCCCUUAUGCAAGAGAUCAUUACCGAAGAUCCCCAAGGAGGAGGUAUUCCCCUAGGCGCAGAUCUUCUCCUUCCAGGCACUAUUCUCAACGCCGCUCUCCUAGGAGGAGACCUUGGUCGCCACCUCCUAAUCGGAACACUGGAGUAGGGAGACCUGGAAACAAUCUAUUUGUUGCAGGCUUUAGCUUUGUUACUACAGAAAGAGAUCUUGAAAGGAAAUUUUCAAGGUUUGGCCGUGUUAGAGAUGUCCGCAUAGUUCGGGAUAAGAGGUCUGGUGAUUCUCGAGGUUUUGGCUUCCUGUCCUUGGAAAGAGAUGAAGAUGCAGAUGCUGCUAUUCGAGCUCUUGACCAGACUGAAUGGAAUGGCCGGAUUGUCCUAGUAGAGAAAUCAAAAACACCAACCCAUUGAAGCCCUGCUUGUUCUGUCAUUGUUGCAGUGCUCAAAGCUAGUUGUGAAGUUUGAACUUUAGUGGAGAUUGAGUUCGGCUGUCCCAAUUUUGUUUCAUACUUGCAGUCUCUGCGACAAUAUGGUAUAAGUUUUGGACAAAUAACAAGUAUGACUUGAAACAAGAUUCAUGACAAUAUAAAGACUUCUCUUUAAUGCUUUAUAUUAUGGAACUAA